AUGGAUGCGUGCACCGGAGUGGACCAAGGCGGCAAGCGCUAUUGGCAGCACAUUGAGGAUCUGUACCACCAGCUGAAGCCUCGCACGAAGAGCAUGGCGAACAGAUCCUACCGCUCCCUUGAAGGCCGAUGGAACAUCAUCAAGCCGGCUUGUUCUCGUUGGAGUGCUGCCAUGGAUCAAGUGGCCGACAACCCUCCUAGUGGAUGCGUGCCGGAGGACUAUCCCAAGUAUGCUCAACAACGGUACAAGGACAUGGCCGGCUCGAAGAACAAGGAAUUUCAAUUUCAACAUUGCUUUUCCAUCCUUCAACAUCUUCCUAAGUGGAAGUUGCGGGACAACGAGCCAAAGUGCAAGAAGGAGGCACUUCUCACCAUGGAUGAUGAAGCAGAGGACAUGAGUGGGAGAAACACCGGCAAGCCCGAGGGCAACAAGAAGGCCAAGGAGAGGGUCAAGGUAGAACUUGAAGCAGCUAGCUUCCGGGAGAAGUUGGAUCAACUCAUGAAGUCCAAGGAGGCAUUGACGAUGAAGACGUUGGAGACCAAGCUCCUCAUCACCGACAAGAAGAGUGAGGUGAAGCUUGCCAAGGUGCAAGCAAGGAGGGAAGAUGCAAAGUUGAAGGCCGAGCUUGACAUGAAGAUGAUCGCAGCCAAAGAAGCCAAGGCCAUGAAGGAGCUCUUGGCCGAGGAGAGGGAAAUCAUGAUGAUGCGCACCGACGGCAUGGACGAGGAUCAGCUGGCGUGGUGGAACGAGACCAAGGCAGACAUCAUUGCGAGGAAGAAGGUUGCGCGUCAAGCUCGUGCUCAAGGUUCCAUUUUGGAGCCCCUGGAUUAA